UCGAAAGCUCGACGUAGUGUGGAAGUCUUGUUAUAGAGUGGCCCACCACUAAUUGUUGAUUGCUGUAGCAUAAUGCACAAAAUGGCUUCGACUGCUGCUGGAAAACAGCGAAUAGGGAAGGCUGCUAAGGUGAUAAACAAAGCAGCUUCAGAAGUUCAAAUAACGGCAGAGCAGCUUCUGAGGGAGGCUAAACACAGAGACCUUGAGCUACUGCCUCCUCCCCAAAAGCGGCAGGAAACUCAAGAAGAAUUGAACAGUUACAAUAGGAGAAAAAGAAAAGAAUUUGAAGAUUAUAUUAGAAAACAUCGUCAAGUUGUUCAUAUUUGGAUUAAGUAUGCCACUUGGGAAGAAAGGUUAAGAGAAAUACAAAGGGCACGUUCAAUUUACGAACGCGCAUUAGAUGUAGAUCACAGAAAUGUAGCUCUUUGGCUCAAGUAUGCAGAGAUGGAAAUGAAGAAUCGACAGGUGAACCAUGCCAGAAAUAUUUGGGACAGAGCUAUUACUAUCCUCCCUCGGGUCAACCAGUUUUGGUACAAGUAUACAUAUAUGGAAGAAAUGUUGGGGAAUGUUGCUGGUUGUCGCCAGGUGUUUGAGCGAUGGAUGGAAUGGCAGCCAGAUGAGCAGGCCUGGCACUCCUACAUUAAUUUUGAAUUAAGAUACAAAGAAGUGGAAAAAGCCCGCAAUAUUUACGAGAGCUUUGUAUUUGUACACCCGGAGGUGAAAAACUGGAUUAAAUAUGCUCGUUUUGAAGAUAAACAUGGAUAUAUUACUCAUGCUAGGAAAGUGUUUGAAAGAGCAGUGGAAUUCUUUGGGGAGGAAUAUAUGGACGAACAACUGUUUGUGGCAUUUGCAAAGUUUGAGGAAAAACAAAAGGAGUCUGAAAGAGUCAGAGUAGUCUACAAAUAUGCUUUGGACAAGAUUCCUAAACAACAAGCUCGGGAGCUCUUCAAGAACUAUACAAUAUUUGAGAAGAAAUUUGGAGGCAGAUGGGGAAUUGAAGAUGUAAUAAUUAGCAAGAGACGCUUUCAGUAUGAAGAGGAGGUUAAGGCAAAUCCUCACAAUUACGAUGCCUGGUUUGAUUACUUGAGACUUGUUGAAAGUGAUACAGAUUCAGACACUGUUCGAGAAGUCUAUGAGAGAGCUAUUGCGAAUGUCCCACCAAUCUCAGAGAAGAGGCAUUGGAAAAGAUACAUUUAUCUGUGGGUUAACUAUGCACUUUAUGAAGAACUAGAAGCCAUGGAUUCAACACGAACAAGACAAGUUUACCGGGCAUGUCUAGAACUAAUUCCACAUAAAAAGUUUACCUUUGCUAAGCUGUGGAUUCUUUAUGCGCAGUUUGAGAUCAGACAGAAAAAUAUUCAGUUUGCCAGACAAGCACUGGGUACAUCAAUAGGCAAAUGCCCAAAAAACAAACUGUUCAAAUGGUACAUACAAUUAGAGCUGCAGCUGAGAGAAUUUGAACGCUGCAGGAAGCUCUAUGUAAAAUACAUUGAAUUUAAUCCUCAAAAAAGUACAACCUGGAUGAAAUUUGCUGAACUGGAGACUAUCUUGGGAGACCUUGGUAGAGCACAUGCCAUAAAUGAACUUGCCAUAAACCAGCCACGUCUUGAUAUGCCAGAGUAAUUCGGCCAGUGGAAGACAGAAAAGAAAAAGAAUAGGAAAGAAGAGUAUUGUGCACUGUUGGUGCUUAAGACUAUGUUGUACUUUUGGGAACGAGGAAGACGUUGCCCACAAGUGAAGAAAACAUAAUAAAAAGGUUCUGCUUAGAUUAGUGUGCCUCCAGUUACUGUCUGUCGGUUUGGGUGGCUGCUACACUCUCUACACUUGUCACAACGAAAGAGGCAUCCCGGCCAGAUAAAGGCCCCAGCCAUGCACGACAAUAUAUACAGUUUAUUAAUCCCCAAGAGGAAAUUUUGUCUUUUGGUGUGUUAACCACUGUGUACUGUAGCACUGGCAUUUCCCACUUUGUUUUAAUUUGGCACACAAGCCUUUUGAAUAGGGGGCAGCUUCCUGACCCACUGAACGUCUGCUAAAAUGUCUCUUUGGAAUGCAGUUUCUGGGUCUCAUCUGAUAAGACUGCUCAGAUAUAUAACAUAUAAACAAAGAAACAUAACUCAAUGACCGGCAACCCUGAUAAACAAAACUUGGCACUAAUAUGAACCAAAAAGCAUGGGUUUUGUGUGAACAAGAAACCAAUAGGAAACAUCCACUCCUUCCUGUAUAACCAAUUGCAUGAGCUAGAUCUUUGUUCUCUUGAUGCCUUCUGUGCUCUCGGCCUGGCUGUCCAUAGCAGGGACACUAGAGUGUGACCCUAACAAGGACUGAAGCAAUCCCUUUCACUCCAGACAGCAUGUAGAACUUGAUACCAAAGUAUGCCCAUUUGGAUGCAAUGUAUUUUAUUCAUGACAGCCUUCCCUUGUAAUCUAUGACAUUUUUGUCAAUAUUUGUAACACGAUCAUGAACAUACACCUUUUAUCUUCACUCUGUACACUUCAGACUUUAAAUAUAACACUAGGUCAUGCCAUUUGCUGAACAAUUCUCAGAUGAUUCUGCUCUUAUGGGGUGUAUGGAUAAAAAGGGAUAGGACAAGGUAUAGGUUCAGGUGGAAAAGUUUGUUUCUUGGUGGAGAAAGAAAGAAUUGUCUGCAUCUUAAAAUCAACAAAACCAAAGAACUCAUUAGACUUUUGCCGCACCAAAGAGCCUCUAUGUCCAGUCAUUAUUCGAGGAGUGGAAGAUGUGGUGGUCCACUCAUGCAGUUACUUGGGGCUUCAUAUUAAUGACAGGAUUGACUGGUCUCCGAGCACUUAAGAACUUGCACUCUGUGUUAAUGCCAUGAAGGUUAAAAUAAGGAAUUCUUCCCCCCCCUCAGUCUUCACUGGCUGACCCCAGGAAACUAACCGGGAAUGCUCACCAAGUCAACAACUCCUUUGUAGCCCUGCAGGUGUGUACAUGGGGGCAUUCACCAGAGGGAUGCUGCUGUCUGUUAUGCUGGGGUAGUAUGUGGCCCUACAAAGCACCUUACUCCAUGCUCCCAUUGUAAUGGACUGCCACCGGGUAAGGUAUCAGAAACCUGUGCCCUUUAUAUAUCAGCCUCGGUUUUAGUCUUAUCUAGAGAGUGGCGCCAAUUUUUACAGCUCUGUUUUCCUCUGCAUUACUCUGGAGAAUUGAGAUUCACAAACCGAUCACAGGGUAAGUGCCCACUGCUUGUCUCACCAACACCUCUUCCAGCAGCAAUCCAAGCCUUUCUUGAAUUGGUCUUUCAUGCAAGUACAUGGUCAAGCCUGACCAUGCUUAGCUUUUGGAGGAUUACCUGUUCUGUACUGCAUGUGGUGUGACUGCUGGAUGAGUUUCUCACAUAAUAGUCACCACCUUUGCUACAUGCCUACACAUACAGUAUAUACACUAAUUCAGUGCUUUCUUGCUCUUAAACAAAUAAAAAUAUCUAUACACAUUUUCUUUAAAUUGAUUUGUUAAUGUACAAAUAAUAAUUAGAUGGAAUUGUCUAACUGUGCGUGGCUGGUAAUGAAGAAAAAGUCUACUCAGAUUCCUCAUUUUCUUGGCCUCUGUCAUUCAGCUGUAUAAAGAGUACUCCAAAAACGCACCACUGAUGCAGCCAAGAGUAUUGGUACCCUUCACUAUUUAAAAAGGAAUCAAAUUUUCCGUGAAAUAAGUUGAAACUGACAAAAGUAAUUGGCAUCCACUUUUCUUUCUUCCUUAUUCUAUGGAGAAGACGCUUUGAUUUUGAUCAGGACUUAACAUAUUUCAAAAAAUUAAUGUAUGGGAAAAAUGUAUUGUGACUCCUAAUCCAAUAUUUUGUAGCGCACACUUUGGAGACAAUAACUGCAAGCAAGUGCUUUCUGUGGCUCAGAAUCAGACUUCUGCACCUCUGAGAUGGCAAUUUGGCCAGUUCUUCUUGAACAAUCUGUUCCAGUUUCCUUGGGUUUGCUGGGUACCUUCUCUUCACAGUUUUGUGGAAGUCCUAUAUAUUGAUUUUGAAUUAGAACAAGAAUAUGAAAAUACCAGGGAACUGUAUAGAAGAUUGCUUCAGCGUACACAACAUGUCAAAGAUGAACUUGAUGAGACUGCAAGUAUGGAAUCCAUAUUAUUGGACCUUCAAAAAAUUAGUUCCUAGCCGUCGUCCAAACAUCAUGUACUUGAGUUAUAUGGGACUGAAAACUUUAUCUCCUAUAGACAAAGCUGAUCUUCAGCUAUGUAAGAGUGCUUGUAUAUAUCGAUCAACCAUCCCAUGUGACCCUGAUGUUUACGAGCUCUGUAAUAACAUGGUGGAAUUGCAAAUGGCUUUCCCGAAAGACACCUAUGAAGCAUUAGAUUUGUAAAUACAAUGGAGAAAUGGUAUAAGAGCGUCCCUCAGAAAUUGCAUUCAGGUUUAACAGAAAUGUAAUUCUGAACUAUCAUGUUUAAUCUCUAAUCCACAUUAAUGCAAAAUGCACAGUACAUGUAAACAUAAUGGCAUGCAAUUUUUCAGAAAUAAAUUGAAUUUGGAUAAGAAUUUUUGCAUGUAGUGAAAUGUGUAAGAGAAAAUGCAUACCACAAACAGUGGUAUGUUCCCCCCUGUUCCCCUAUUGUAUUAUUAUGUAGCCUUUGUCAGAAUGCCUCAGAUAUCACAGACUUACCAC